CUCUCUCUCUCUCUCUCUCUCUCUCUCUCUCGGUGUCCUCAAUUGCUUGCGGGAACAAACAAGUUUAAUGACCUGUUACAUUAUAUGUGAGAAUUUCUCCUCAUAAACUUCUUAGCCCAUCCAUACAUACAUUUUCAAGAUAGGUAGUUAGUGAUGAACAAUACUUUGUCUUUGGGAAGAAGAUGCGUGGAUUCUCCGCUGUCGAUGGUUUUGUGGAGAUAAGCGAAUCUUUGGCAGAGAUGAUUAAAUACGUGGCAAAUGAACCAUCUGUUGGUCUUUUCUUCAUUCAACAGCAUACUCAAAAUGCAGUGCCUAAUGUCAUCAAGCUUAAGAAAAAUGUUAUUGACAAGUCUCAUGAAACAUCUUUGCAUACACAAGAUUUGGAGGACUCGGUCACAAUGGUGAAAUCAAUGAAAGAGUGUGGAUUUCCAAUAGUUGAUGAAAUGAUUGGCGAUAUUAAAAAAACUCUCGCUACUAUCUCAUCAAAGAAACCAAAAGGAGUGCUACUUCGUGGUCAGUCAGCAUCAAAUUUUCAUACAGAACGAACUAGUUUUUGGCGUAGUUCUUCGGUUGAUCCCCAAGAAGGAAGCGAAAAAAGGCACAACUAUUUUUCAAGUGUUUUUAUGUUUUCAAAAGUGAAGCAAAGUAUUCCGAAGUGGUCACAACUUGAUUCUACAGGAUCAAUGGAUCCUGAUGUGCCUUUGUCUGUCAUAUAUGCAAGCAAUUGUGCAUCUUCACAAGGAAUGGAAGUUGACGAGCUGUCACUGCCGAGUCAGAUUGAAGAUGAAUCUCAACCAGAAAAGAGUGAUACUAGUGAUAUUGAGAAUAAGUUAUUGUUAGUAACAGAAAAAUAUGAUGACUUCAAAGCUAGUAAACAAGCUAAGCUGGAGGAGUGGCUGGAAGGAAGUAGUAACCAUGAUUGCAGGACAAGUGAUGAGAAUGAGAAUAAGCCUUAGCUGAGCCAUUAUUACUCUGAUAUCAUACACAGAUUCAGCUUGUAUAUAUUUCUUUGUAGGAGUAUCUAAUUGUCUCUUACUACCAAAUAUAAACAAUAAAUUUAAUUAGUAAUGUUGUUAAGUGUACUUUAAGCAAUUAUGAUAUCAUGUGGGAUUAUUUGCACAGUA